CGUGGAAGCUUUGGGCCAUCUGGCGAAAAUCUGAGCCAUGGAGGCCAAGGAGCUAAAGAGUGGAGUAAGUGUGGGAGCUCAAGGUGCUCAUUGUGACCAACUGAGCCAAAGCGCUGAAAAAGUAAAGGCUGAAUUAAAAUUAAACAUGCUACAGCCUGAGGCGCUGUCUUACCCGAUUCAAAACGGGAACGCCACGGACACUAAACGAUGACUCACUGAGCAGGAACACCGACUUCCUGAAAUAGAUCUGCGUUGAUGACAUGGGCAGGAAGCCCGGUGUGGGGCAUGAUGGGAGGUUUGGGUCUGUGGUGGAGUAGUUAUGGGUUAAUUAGGCUGGGAGGGAAGGUCUGGGGACAAGAACCAUGACAAGUUUAGCUGCACAAAUAAAGUGGUUCAGAAAUUUACAGAAGAGAUUCACAAGGAGGCAAAAUUAGAUUAAAAAUACUUUAAAAUGAAAUUAACUUCUAUCAUUACACAGUAUUAUACAGUACUAUCAACUUCAUGAGAAAGGUUUUCCUCUACUGCCUUUAAAAGAGACUUUCCUAAUUUAUUUGUCUUAAAGGUCGAUUCUGGAAGAAUCUGCCUCAGAAAUGUUCUGCUGCAUGUCGUCACAGCAGAACAUUUGGACCUUGCAGGUCCCUGGGAGGUUGGCACCGGGCAUCAUGGUCCUCCCACACAGAGUCAAUAUUGACCGUCUCUUCCUGCUCUGAGUUCAGAUCAGUUCAGUCACCUCUGCCUUCACGGUGGCGUGACUCACUUUGCUUCGUCUUGUGGUCUGAGAGCUUUUCCCACCUUAUUGCUCACUGGUUGCUUGAUGCACAGACCCUGUUACUCUUUAUGGACAUCCAUUAUCUCAUUUAUCUAAUAACUCACUGAUCCAUUUUCCUCUCAGAGAUUAAAAGAAUAUUUUCAUAUUUCUGUUGUUUUGUGCCUCAGAUCUGACAGGUUUUUCUUAUCUCUGAUUAUAAAGCUGUUCAGGGUUUCUCUGCCCUGAUAUGAACUUACUUUUUUAUGCAUCUAUUAAUUUUCCAUGCCUGCUACAUGCUUUUAGUGUAUAAUUCACUGAACCCAGGACCACAAAGACACAACCAUCAGACUCACAUGUUAUUAGCCUAGCUAAUGCCUGAGAGAAACAUGCAAAGUCCACUAAGAAACAGCUGAGAUUACAAUAUUUACCAACUGCAUCUUUAUUGACUAAUUCCUUUGUUAAUGUCAUGGUCUGAGUCCUGCGUCUCCCUCAUGUGUCUCCUUGUGUUCUCCAUCCCUCUCUAGGUUUCCCUUAUGUGUCUCCUUGUCUGCAUCCCUCCUCAUGUGCCUCCUUGUGUUCUCCAGGCCACUCCAGGUUUUUUUUUUUUCCCCUUAGGUGUUCCCCCCAGGUUUCAGCGUCCCUGUGUGUCCCCAACCCCCUCCAGGCUAUCUAGGUUUCCCUUACGGUUUUCCUUGGACACCUUUUAUCAUUAGUCUUCUGUUAAGUGUUUAAUCUAGUCUGUUUUCUCCUUCUAGUUCAUUUUGCUCCCUUUCCCAUUUUUAGGUCUGGUUUCCUCCCCUACUCUGUUGUGCUCCUCCUUUGUUUAUUGGUCUCACCGGUGCACAAUUGCCUAAUCACCCAGCCCUUGUGUAUAUAACCCUGUCUGCGUUACAGUGUGAUUGUUGGUCCAUUGUUUGUGUCAGUGUUGUCUCGCACCCUCUCUAGGUAUUUGGAAUUUUUCUAGGUCUCUUGUGUUUUGGGAUAUUCCCAGGGUUUUGAUUCUUGGAUUUUUGGAUGUUUGGUUUUUGGCUUCCAGCCCUUUAGAUUUACCCCUAAAUAAAGGAUUUUUACAUUUUCACUACUCCUGUCUUGUGUCAUCCUGGGUCUGCAUCUUGGGUCCUAACCUCCCCCAACUCACAGCGUGACAGUUAACCUCAUUGUUUGGUAUCAUUAUUAUUGAGUCAUGCUGAUAAAAAGAUGAUUUAGUGCAUGAAAUUCUGAAGAAUGUACAGCUUUUUAUUUAUUUAUUUAUUUAUUUGGCUGUCAAAACCUUUUUGAUACAAAGGGUUUGCAGGUGAAGGCCGCCACCUGAGGGGAGACCGGUUUCUGACACAUCUAUUAACCUUCAGGAGACAUCCGUCCUCUGUCACACCCCUUUGUCCUAUUUUUCCUCUCCUCCCUCAUCUCCCACUCUGUCCCCCAUCUGCUGGUCCCCAGGCAGCAGGAAAUGUCCCUGGAACUGAAGAGCAAAAUAACUAAAUGACUCAUAUUUUCCUAUUUUCAGAACAUUUUUGCAUGCUGAGGAAAUUAAUCUCAAUCAUGCACAUGUCACAGUGUCCUCCAGUUUGUCUCUGCCUCUUUCUGUCUCACCAUAGUUCAAACUCAUUUACUUUUAGAUUUAUCCAUAGUUCUGCUCCUUGCAUGUGAGGAGUUGCUUGUGGACAGUGCAGCUCGUUUAAUUCACUGAUGCAGAUAAAGAGGAAAUUGACAGAAUUCUGCAGCUUUUUCUUGUCAGUUCAACCAAAGUAAUGAAAGUCAAUGAAAACUGAGUCCUGCAAAUGAAAACAGACAUGAACCUGUUUGAUGAACACACACUUGUUUUACCUUGACACAGGUUCAUUCAGUCAUUUGGUAAAAUUCUAACAAAGAUGGUGGAUGGAGGCAGAAAAGCUCCCAUCUGGAUUAUUAAUCUGUUUUCUUCUUCUCUGCAGGAAUUCACGUUGCUACGACUGGACGAUGUGGCGGACCAACGAGUCAACAUCUUGGGCUUUUCAGUCUUCAACGGAACUCAUCCUUUCUUCCAGGAGUUUGUGCUGAGCUUGAAUCGCUCCUGGCAGGAGAAUUGUGACCACGCGCCCUUCGCCGGCACUCCGGUGCUGAGUGGUCCCAGCUGGAGCCAAUUACCCCAUCAAGGCAGCAGUAUUUAGGAAGAGCGGAUUCACCAGAUGGAUGUCAGCUGAUUCUGUUUAUGGAGUGGUAAACUGACCACAUGCUCUCUAGUUAUGCUUCCCUUUGUGCCAAGUACUUACCUCUCUGUUGCUCGCAGCAACCUUAACUGCG